AUGGAACAAGCCCUUAUCAAUAUCAGAGGUCUUCACGAAUGAAAAUUACAUUAUGUAGACGGGCUCACGCCUUUAAUUUUAAACAAUCACCGAAGAUCCCUUGUGGGAUUCAAUCGCUUUGCGACCUUCCUUUCGUCAGGCCUCCUCCUUGUCUCUUGUAAAAGAGUCCAGUGUUGAGUGGGCAGUCUACGGGUUUGUGCGGCCUCCUGAGGCUGAGGGAAUACGAAGUUGGCAUUCCAAAUAAUGGAAUUUCUGGUAGCCUGUCGGCAAAAGGGUGAAGUUCAGAUCCUGGGACGUAACGCCCAGUUUCACGCUAGACAGUUGUCCGAUUGGUCUAGGGGUUACCUGUAGACCUUGCUGGGCUUGCCCUUUCCAAGUCUGAACCCUCCUUUCAUUCGAGGUAAAAACCAGUCUCGAAGUCGGACUUGGGCUAGGCUCUGCUACCUGCAAAAUUGAUUAAGAUAGCAUUGCUGUCCAUUUCAAGGCUAGAAAAACCUUGCCGGAUAUAAUUAAAAUAUGAGUCGAGGAUGUAUGGCCGUGAGGCCAUACCUAGACCAAGACGCCAUAUUUUAAUUAUCCUUCACGAAUGAACAAAGCGCACACUUUUUGAUAACAAUCAUGAGAAACUUGACCAGCUUUACACAAAACUUUCAGAGCAAAUGGACGUAAUUUUUGGCUUCUGGGUAUCAUUUAAUCAUCCAGAAAUGCUUUAUGAAAUCAUCUCACUUUUGCUUCCAACGAGCCAAAAUAACCUUUUCACUGCUUUGUGGAAAAAUGAAUCGCAGCAUUAUAUGCACCCGUUUCCUAUAGCAAACUUGCCAAAUUAUAUACAAAAAAUUAUUUUUAAGCGAGAAAUCAAUGAUUUGCCAAGCUUUUAUAGGGCACAAAAUAUCGGUUCAGGCCUAUUAUUUUUAAUGAUAUCUCUUUCUCUAUUUUUUAGCUAAAUUAAUUGCUAUUUAAUAAAAAAAUAAUUUUUAUUCAAAAGAAAACCAUUAAAAUUAAUUUUCUUAAAAUUUUUUUCCAAUAACAAAAAUAUCAUUUUAGACCAAGGAAUUAUCGUUCUCCCUACCCAGCAAUAUUACUUAUUUAAAUUCAUGUACGAAGCUACCAAAACCACCCAGCGGCAAAAAAUUAGCUGGUCUGAAAAUCCACUAUUUCUGAACGCUUUAUACGACUCACCAUUUUUGAUUCUCUACUCACAAAUGAUGCUUUCCCUUGACGAAAAAUCAUUAGGUUUAUUAGUAUUUUUAACCGACGAAUACUGCUUAAAAGACAUCGCAAUCUGUGAGAGCCCGCCUAAUAUGCCAUCACGGCACAACUGUGAGAUAAUCUACAUCAUGACUUAUAUUUUACAGAGCGAAAAGCAUUUAUUUAAAGCUAAACACCGGCUUUAUUCGAUUUCUGAGUCAAAUUUGCUGUUUAACUUGCAGGACUCUUAUUAUUGAUUUUUUAAAAAUUCAGCCUUAAAAUGAAGAGAAAGCUAUAUGAGCUAUUGUGCGUAUUUAGCAGAAGUCUGGAUAAGGUAUUUAACACCCUGGGAGCAAAAUUUAGUUUUAGAGGAUUUUUUGACUAAUGAUUUUUUGAACUUAAAUUCAAGCAAAGUCUCAGCAAAAUUCGAAGUCAUCCAAAAAACGUCGCCUGAAUUUGAAUUCUGGGGAGAAUAUAUAGAAACAAAUCUAUUAUUUUAUACUGAACUUUUUGAGUACUUUUUACGACUUUUGUGCUCAGAUUUACUAUUCAGAUCAGGAGAUAUCAAUCUUCUCAAUAGGAUUUCUAAGCUUUAUAAGCCUGAUAGUGAAGGAAAACUAUUCCACACACAUAUAAAUUUACGGUCUUUGGAAGAAAUGAGCAAAGGAGGAAGCUUGACACCGAUUUUGGAAAGCAAAAUGGCAAAAUAUCGGGUCGCUAGAGGUGUUUUAUAUCCUUUUGAUAGUCCUAAUGUAAAAGCUACAGCAGAAAAUUUGGUACAUAAAGCUUUAAAUACAGGCUGCAGAGAAGCAGUAAAGGUAAAAAAUCAUUUUGUAGCAUUGAUGGGGAUUAAGAUUAAGAUUAAGAUUACGCUGGGUAUUUAAGGUCCCUACUACGUCCGAGGUCGUAUGCCACGGUUUCCCGUGUGGUGGCAGAGCGUUCACCAAGCCCGGGCCGAAACCCCCGGUUUCUCGGUAGAGGUAUUGUCAAGGGCCGUCUUAUACCGGCUUUGCUGACCACCUCCAUUUCCAACUUGGAUCGUCGCCUAAGUUUACGCCAACUCCGCUUCGUCGUCCGCCAGAUCUGCCCAUUGAAGGGCACCUUUUCAACCGAGAGACCCCCCGUUUUGGUGUCUAACUCGCCUCCCCUCUUUUCCGGUCAUCCCGAGAAAGAACUCAACAGCUUUCGCCAUUCGGGGCGAGCCACUAAAGCAGCUUAGGCAGGUAAUUCACCCUGCCUCAUUUCGGGCACUCACUGGGCUGAGCGCUGCUGGCAAAAAGAAGUCACGAAUAACUGCCCAUGGGUCUGGUCGCAAAAACAGCCGUUCUCGCGCUUGGGCCUCUCGCCUCGAGGUCCCAGACGUUGUUGGGCUAAUUCCCUGGCUCCAAAAACCAUGCCCGGAUAUACAUGGGUAACCACCACUGAGAGGGUGGGUCGGUCGCCAUACGCCAUUUUAUGUAUUCCAUUGAUGGGGAUAAGAGUAAGCCAACAGCCACAGUUGGUAAGUAUGAAGUGGAGGGCUCCGCCUGAUAAAAAAUAUUUAAUGAAUGUGUGGGAGCGGCCUUUGAAGUCGGAUGAACUAUGGAUAUUAUUGCUUUUGGUAAGAGGAAUUGCGUGUGGAAUUGAUAGGAUGAGAGGGGUGGAUACGUGGCCGCCUACGACUGAUUUGAGAUUUUUUGCGAGUUAUAAGAAUUUGUUGUUUUUAGCAUUCAUGGGACUACUGCUGAGCAUUUUGAUAAACAUUUAUAAGGAUAAAUAA